GUUUACCUUCGCUGUCUUCGCGAGCCGCGGUUAACUGAAGGAGCGACGCGGUUUUCUUACGUUUAUCUGGCUUCGCUUGCAGUUGCAAAGGGCGUUACUGCUUUAUGCUGAGAUAAUGCAUUAUCUUCGCGUGUUUUGUCAACCAAAUUUGUUUUAGUUUCGUUUACGUGACGUGAACAUCAGCAAUUUUGAAAUGAAGAUUAUUUGAGUUUAAACAGUGGUCUUGUUAGCAAAACCGCCUCUUGAUGCAUAACGCUAGGUUACUACACUUGUGUACAGUAGAGUACGUAAAGGAUGGAUUGGUUAGCUCUAUCCAGACUUUCGACUCGCCCUCAAAAAACAGUUACAUCGGGAGCUAUUACCAGCCUCCAAACAGGAUAUUACCAAUGGCAAGACAGCUUGAGUUCCCUGUAUACUCAUCCAGCAGCAUGGACCCACAGCUGAACAGCCCUCGGGGGUCCCAGACCAAACUUAAUAUUGACAGCACAGCUGUUGUUGACGCUCUGAAGACCCUGCAGGAGAAAAUCAGGCGGUUGGAGCUGGAAAGAAAGCAAGCCGAGAAGAGCUAUAGUCAAUUCUCCCAUGAUACUCAGAGGCAUAAGGAGGUUACAGAGUCUUACACUGUGCCCAGUCGACCAGCAGCUGGCCUGCCUAUCACAGAUGACUCUGGCAAGAAAGAGCUGGACUCAAAGCGGCAAUCUGCAGAGGCUCGGUGUAAGGUCCUUGAGAAGCAGCUAGUCUACAUGAAAAAGAUGGUUGAAAACGCUAAGAAGGAGAGCAAUGUCCUCGUGGAGAAUCAGGCUUCACUGCAAAUCCAGCAGCCAUGCAGCUCAAACACCCAAUGUCAGCGGGAUAAGCUGGAGAAACUCGAAUCAGAUUGUCUCAAAUUGAGUCAGACACAAACUCUGGCAGAGACGAAGCUUGCCAUUCUGGAGCAAAAACUGCUGAAAGAAGAGCAUGAGCGUAAACUUGUGCAGGAAAAAGCCAACAAGCUUCAGAAGGAGUUGGACAUCAACCUUCGAUUGUCUGUGCCAACUGCUGAAGAAAUGCAGCCAAAGAAAAAAACAAAAAAGACCAGCAAGAAAUCCUCCAGACAGAAUGAGCUGACAUCACCAAGGGGCCCAAGGCACAAAACAAUGCCAUUUGUUGCUGGAACGUCGACAAGCCCGAGCCAUUCAGUGCACGCCAACGUACAAAGUAUACUUCACAUGAUGAAGCACCAUCAGCCCCAACUGUGUGAACGAGUGAGCACACUGCACAGGUCUGCUAGUGGAGCUAAGAAAAGCCUCCAAAGGGACUUUGCUUCAUCUUCCACCACCUUUUACCAGCCUGAUGGGGAUCCCGUACAAGCAGAUCAGCCACUGGGCUCACUUUCUGACCUGCUCUUGGCUCUCCAGGACGAGCUAGGACAAAUGAGCUUUGAGCAUCAAGAAUUGCUGCAACAGAUAGAUGUAACCCAACAUUGCAACAGGCAGGAUCUGCAGAAAGAACUGGAGAGGUCGGUUGCCAGGAUCGAGGAGAAAGGAGCUCAGAUCACAAAGCUCCGCAAACACCAGCAGACGGUCCAUAAAUUGACUCAGAGCCAGCCGUGUGCUGAGCAACACACAGCUAAGAAGUUGAGUGGGAUUAAACCACCUGUUCCCUCUCCUGUUAAGGCUAAGAGUAAGGGAAAAAAAGGUGGGACCACUCACAAUAACCUGCAGCUUCUUAGAGAGACCCAGAAGUUCAGAAACGGCCUAAAACAAGAUGACCUCUUCUGGGAAACAUGAGGUCCGGGCUUUGAUACUACAGCUGGUUGAACAACAAGACUCCCUUUGGUUCCCUUCAGCCUGUUUGUCCCACUCUUCAAAUGGCCUCUGGGACGUAGAGGUAAUACACAAAGGGGUUGAUAAUGUAUUAUAUUAUAAUGUAUUCAUGUACUCAUAAAACCUAUUAAGCAAUGGUU